UUGUGCCACGUUUCCAGCCCCCCGCCAAUGCCCCCGCCAGCCCCAUGGAAGCCCUGGGGAAAUCCACCCUGUGGCUCUCCGGGGAGCUGGCGUCCCCGGCCCCCCGGCUGCACAUCCUGGAUUGCCGCAGCCGGCAGCACUACGACUCCUGCCACGUGGCCCGGGCGCUGAGCGUGGCCCUGCCAGGGCUGCUGUUGCGGCGGCUGCGCAAGGGGAAGCUGUCGGUCCGGUCACUGCUCCCGCCCGCGCCGGGCGCUGUCCUGCUGUACGACGAGGCCACCGCCACACUGCCGCACCCCGGCCGGGACGACGAGGAGUCGGUGCUGGCCACGCUGCUGCGCAAGCUGCAGGAGGAAGGCUGCACAGCGUAUUACCUGCAAGGGGGCUUCUCCAAGUUCCAGUCCGAGUGGCCAGAUCACUGCGAGACCAGCCCGGAGGUGCCCGGCGCCAGCAGCUCCCCCGCUCCGAUGGGGACCCCGGUGGUGGGUCUGGGGGGGCUGAGCCUGGGUUCGGACGGGGACUCAGGACCCCUGAGCAGCGGGGGGGUGGACUCGGAGGCAGCCAGCCCCCCGUCCUACCCGGUGCAGAUCCUGCCCCACCUCUACCUGGGCAGCGCCCGAGACUCAGCCAACAUGGAGACGCUGGCCCGGCUGGGCAUCCGCUACAUCCUCAACGUCACCCCCAACCUGCCCAACCUCUUCGAGGAGCAGGGCGGCUUCCGCUACAAGCAGAUCCCCAUCUCGGACCACUGGAGCCAGAACCUGGCCCGCUUCUUCCCAGAGGCCAUCGCCUUCAUCGACGAGGCAGUGUCCCAGAACUGCGGCAUCCUUGUUCACUGCCUGGCGGGUGUGAGCCGCUCGGUGACGGUGACGGUGGCCUACCUCAUGCAGCGCCUCAACCUGUCGCUCAACGACGCCUACGAUCUGGUCAAGCGCAAGAAGGCCGACAUUUCGCCCAACUUCAACUUCAUGGGGCAGCUGCUGGACUUUGAGAGGGAACUGGGGCUGGCUGAGGGAUCGCCAGCGACCCCUGGAGCCCCUGACGGGCGCGGCCAGAUGCCCACGUCCUCCCCAGGCUGCUUCUUCACGCCGCCGGCCUCCGAAUAUGAGGAAGAGGAUGGCAGUUUCCAGCGUUACCCCACGUAGCCCCUGCCACCCCCCAUGAGCCCCAUGGCUAAUCUAGGCAUCGGUGGGGUUACCAGGGGAUGUGUGGCUAACCUAGGCCUUGGCAGGACGCUAGAACCCGCAGGGCUGAAUCUAGACCUGCCUUUUCUGGGAUCUGUGCUCUGGAGCCAGGUCUGGAACCUGCAGCUCUCGAAUAGGGACCCAGAAGCUGCAAUUAACUUCUUUGUUUGGACUUUUGGUUCUGGAACUACAAGGAAAAUAAAACCAUUGAGGUCAUGCUGGAGCCUAGAACUCUUCGCUCUACAGAUGGGAGCUUGAAUGCCAUGCCAGGUCUUGAACCUGGACCUCUAGAAUUCAGCUGUGCCCCAGAGCCAUUGUAGAACCAUCAGAACGUGAACCUGGGACCUGCAUCAACUACCUUGUUUGGACAUUUGGUUCUAGAGGUUCAAUUAGGAGAAUAUUAAGCCAGUAAACGAUCAUGCUGGAGCAUAGAACGUGCAGCUAUAGAGGCGGAUUAAGAAAUCUUGAAUGCUAAUGCCAUGUCUGAAAUCUGGGCCUCUAGAAUGGGGGAGAUUGCACCAGAACUACCAUUUCAAAACCACAUGCCAGAUCUGGAACCUGAAGCUCUGGAACCAGGACAUGGAACCAACAAUUGCCUGCCUUGUUUGAGCCAGUAGUUCUAGACCCAUAACAAGAGUUAGAAAACACCAAGGUGGAGUCUAGAACCUGCAGUUCUAGAAGUGGAUUAAGGAAUCUACAGAACCAGGUCUGGAAUAUGCAUCUCUAAAACAAAGACAGAGGACCUAUAUUAACUGCCUUCUUUUGAUCUAAAGCCACAAUGAGAGUUAUAAGGCACUGAGCUACCAUUCCACAAUCUAGAUCCUGCAGCUCUAGAUGUGGGUGAAGGAAUCCCCAUUAGCCAGUGCCAGGUGUGGAACAGCAGUUCUGGAACCAGGAUCCAGAGCCAACACUUACCUGCCUUGUUUAGACCUUUGGGUUCUAAAGCAGCCAAUCUACUUGGGUGGAACCUAGAACCUGCAGCCCUAGAAGCAUGUUCAGGAUUCUCCAGUGCCAGGUCUGGAACCUGUAGCUAGGAUUGGUGAUCCACCCUACCUAGAACCGUAUUGCUUGAGCAUUAUCGUUUAAAAGCCACGUGGGCCAGGUUUGGAACCUCCCUGGCUAUACAACAAAGAUAGAGAAUGCCCAUCUUGUUUGGACCAUUGGAUCUAGAGCCAUAAUGAGAGUAAUAAUCAUGCCAGAGUCUAGAACCUGCAGAUCUCAAAGUGGGUCGAGUGAUCUCCAGUGCCAGGUCUGGAACCUGGGGCUCUAGAACGAGGAUCCAGAGCCCAGUCGUCUGUCUUGCUGGUAUCUUUUGGUUCUAGAGCCAGACAGACUACCAUGCUGGAGUCUAGAACUUGCAGCUCCAGAAGUGGAAUCAGGACACUUCCCCAUCAGACCUCACCCCAAUGCCUGCUCUGGAAUGUCACCCCGAGACUGAACGCUGACCUGAACCACGUCCAGCCACUUGCUCGUGGGUUUUGAACAACUGGAUUGGAACUGGGGCUAGUUGGCAACUCUAGAACCAGUUCCCAGUAGGGUUCCUGGCCUGAAAACCAGAUUGUGUUGUGGUGGGUUUGGAGCAGAGACCCAGGAGACAGGAAAGAACUGUGUCCGUCCAUCCCUGCUGGAGGAGCUGUCCCGUGGGUGUCUCCGUGUGUCCCCAUGUGCGUGUCCCUGGAGGAGAGGAACCCUGGCGUGUGUCUCUCUGUGUGCAUGUGUCCCUGCUGGAGGGGAUGUGCCGUGUGUGUGUCCAGGUGCCAGACGGUCACACUGAUCCUCACUAGCCGA